AUCUCGGUGCUCGUUGAGAAACCCUAGCUCCCAGCAAUGGCGCUUCUUCUCAGGCGAGCUCUCUCGUCCAAAGCGCUCUUCUCUCUCCGAGAUCAGCGCCAUUUCCGCACUCUAUCUCACUUUCCCAAGCUCCUCACAGGCGAGAUUGUCAGAGAAGCUCCUCUUCGGGACAAUUGCCCUGCCGAUCGAUUGGGUUUCAAUUUCUUUGUGGGAAACCGAAGAGGCCUCGCUAAGGGCCGCAAAUCGAAGGAUGAGGAUGAGAGUGAUACGGUUCGAGCGGUUCCUGACAUGGGGCCUGUGAAGACAACGGCGCAGUCGCAGAUGGAUGCAGCAGUCGUGGCUUUGGCGAGGGAGUUGAGUAAGCUCCGGACUGGGAGAGCUUCUGCUGGAAUGCUCGAUCAUGUUAUUGUGGAGACAGGUGGCGUGAAGUUGUCUCUGAACCGUGUUGCAGUUGUGUCUGUCAUUGAUGCGCAGACGCUCUCAGUGAUGCCUUAUGAUCCCAAUACUUUGAAGGCACUAGAACAGGCUAUUGUUUCAUCUCCAUUGGGUAUAAAUCCAACUCCAGAUAGUCAAAGGUUAAUUGCGGCAAUCCCACCGCUAACCAAGGAAAACGUGCAGGCACUGUGUAAAGUGGUUGCUAAAUCAGCUGAAGAUGUUAAGCAAAGUAUCCGACGAGCACGUCAAAAGGCGUUGGAUUCAAUUAAAAAGGCAGCAUCAAGUCUUCCCAAGGAUGACAUAAAGAGGCUGGAAAAAGAAGUUGAUGAGAUGACCAAGCGAUUUGUUAAAACAGCUGAUGACAUGUGCAAGGCAAAAGAGAAGGAGAUCAGUGGAAGUUAGGUGCUAUUUCUUGAGGCUAGAUCAUCACGUGAUUUUUCCAUUGGUACUUGUUGUGCAAUGUUUUUAUGUGAACAUUAUGGAUACUGAUACAAUAGAAGUCACAAGAUAGAAAUUUUUUUUAAUAAGUCUCAGAUGACUAAGUUUGUUUUUUUUUAAACAUCACUGCAGUUGUGAGUUGGCCAGACAUAGGUAAUAGUAUUUCUUUUGGAAUGAGUGUUGAUCCCUGCAAUGCUGUUGUCAGUUUUUGAGCUUGUAAUAGACAGGGAUUUUGUUUGGCAAUGGCGAGUUGUCAGGCAUCAUCUGCAUUGUGUUUUACGGUGACAGUGUAAAUGAUGCUGUUGAGAAUAAUCCAUGUGGUUUCCUGUAUCGCAUUUAACACUUGUUAGUAGGACAGACUCCAAGUUUAUCAGCAA